GCGGUGCAAACGGGGUGCGGGGUGCCGGGGGGUGCGCAGUGCAAACGGGGUGCACGGGGCAGAGGGGUGCACGGGGCAGAGGGAUGCAAGCAUCUUGCAGGGGGGCACCAGGGAGUUCCGAGCAGCUGAGAGUCCCCGCAGCGGGGGGUGGCAGGGAGCCCCCCGCUUUGUGGGGUCGGCUCUAGCAGCGCUCUGGCUCCGGAAGCGGGUUUGGGGUUCCUGGAGGACGCGGGGAGAUUUCCUAGAGGGGUGUCCUGGAGCUGUGCACUGAGCUACGGGCGGGUUGGGUCUCUGGUGUUGUCUCCUCUAUACGAGCAGCGAUCCCUAUGGCUGAGGGGAAAGCUCAGGGGUCCUAACAGUCAGUGGAGAGACCCUCCCCACCAGGAGAUCUCGGGUCUCAGAAAUCCCACCACUGGGCUGGCACAGACCUCCCAGCUUUAUUUUUGGCACCCGAGGCCGCCUCGCAGAUUCUCCAGCCGUGCAGCCAGGCUCUCCAACCGCAGGGAACUGCUGAGGCCACGAGGAGACUUGGAUGUGUGCCGCUGUCCUAGCAGCCGUGGUGGAGGGACAAGGACUUCAGCUCAGGACAUCCAGUCAUCACUCUCCCGUGCCUGUAGCCGAUAAGAGCCAUGUCAGCCCAGAAGGACAGCUGGGUUUCUUUGUUCUCUUUCCUGCUCUUCUGUGUUUCCUCCAUCCCAACACGGGGAAGUGCAAGGCUGCUGCAGGAGCUGAGCCCCCAGGAGUAUUUCAGUAGCUUACAAGCUGGCAGAGCAUCCUUGGCUUAUUUCAGCCGUAACGUUUCUCCUGGUGCCCAGCCCUUCUUGGAGCAGAUUGAGAACUCAGUCGAGGCUCUUCAGGACUAUGGUAUUUCAGUGGUGAAGGUUAAUUGUCCCAAAGAGGAUGUUUCGAGAUACUGUGGAAAAGAAAACACAUUAAGGAAAGCCUAUCUGUUCAGAGGUAAUGUGCUGAUCAGAGUGUUCCCCACCGAUGCCUUGUUUGAUGUGAACUCCAUUGUCGCAAAUGUUUUAUUCGCCUUGCUCUUUAAUGAAGUUAAAUACGUUGAAACAUUGGCGGAUCUUCAGAACAUUGAAAAUAUGUUGAAAGGGAGGUCGAACAUGGUCUUUGCCUAUGUACCAGCUACAGGGACAGCAGAGCACAGAGCUGUGAUGGAGGCCGCUUUUGUCUAUGGGACUGUCCACCAGUUUGUUCUGACAACUGAGGCGACGCUGUUGAAAGACACUGGCAAUGAUGAGCCUGAUGUGUUGUCUGCCCAGCUCUUGUUCUGCCACUGCCAGCAGGCCACAGACCUGGCACAGCCCUGCAGGAGGACAGCCAUGGAGCAGCCGCUGACCUUGCUCAACAUCCACAGGCACCUCAAGCUCAUGGGGGCUCCUCUGGUGACAGAGGUUGCUGAGGAUCCAGAGAAGGUUUCCACCGUUCACUUGCAGCUUGGGCUACCACUUGUGUUCAUCCUCAGCCAGAAAGAGACCUAUGAGGCUGACAGGAGAACAGCAGAGUUUGUGGCCUGGCAGCUCUUGGGGAAAGCAGGAGUUGCCCUUUUGUCCAGGGACCUCGUAGAUUCGAACGUUCUGCUCCGGUCAAACGUUGCUCUCAAGACACCAGAUGAGGGAGUGCCAAUCAAAUACCUGGUCUUGGAAGACACUGAUGAAGUUAUUACCCUGGUGGAAGACAAGAGCAAGGUCAAACAAAUCCAAGAGGAUGAGGAGGAGGACGAGGAGGAUGAGGAUGAAAAAGAGAAUAACAAUCAAGAUAUUCAAGAUGAUCAAGUGGUGGAAGCAGUUUCCAGGGACAAGAAGCGAGAGCUGCCCCUGGAGCAGAUCCUUGCUCUAACGGAAGAGACUUUCCACUCUGCCCUCUUGGAGACUGCCCGCACGGUGGUGAUGUUUUAUGCCAGCUGGGAAGCAGUGUCCCUGGCAGUGCUGCGGUCUUACGCCGAGGUGGCUGAUCACCUGAAAGGAACUCAGGGGGUUCUGCUCUCUCGGGUAAACUGCUGGGACUGGCCUGGCGUUUGCACAAAGGAGAACGUCACUCAGUUUCCUACCAUCAAGAUUUACGAGAAGGGAGAGCGAUCAGUGAUGUACAAUGGCAUGUGGGGAACCGAAGAACUGACCAACUUCAUCAUGCUGAGCCGAAUUUCCUGCCCUCUGAAGCUGACCACGAUUGAGGAAGCAGAAGGAUAUUUAAGAGGAGAGUUUCCACCUGAGCUGUCAUCCUUUCGCCACACUUCGGUUCUAGGAGUCUUUAGCACAGCCACCAGUGAAGCCAAGGAAGCUUUUGAAGAGGCAGGAAACAUCUUAAGUGGCCAUGUAACGAUGGGGAUGUAUUUUGAAGAUGAUGCCUUGGCUUUGUCCCAUCAAUAUGCCGUGUCUCCCCCAGCCCUUCUUCUCGCCAGGAGUGGAGGUCGGAGCGUGGAAGGCAUCGCUUUGUCCAAGCAGAGCGCGCAGGACAUGGUGCAGAUGAUCAGAUAUGAAUUGCUGGACAUUUUUCCAGAAAUCACUGUGCAAAAUCUACCCCCCUACUUGCAGCUCGGAAAGCCCUUCCUCAUCUUGUUCAGCGAUGGUGACAUCGGUCAAAUGGAAAGCGAGGAAAUGCUGAAGGUGGCAAAAAGAAGACCCCACCAAGUGUUUGUGGCUUGUUGGUUAAACUUGAGGAAGACUCCAGUGGGACGUGGGAUCCUGAAGGCGUAUUUUGCCACUGUUCCUUCCUUGCCUGUUCUCGUCUGGGUGAACCUUCAUGCCGGGGGUCAGGUAUUCAAGUUCCCACCGGAGCAGUCCAUCACCGAAAUGAACAUCUUGUCUUGGCUGGAGAAGCUCAAAGCAGGACUGGAGAUUCCCAGCAGUACCCUGUCUGAGGAAGACUGGAAACCACCUCUCCCUGCUUAUGACUUCCUCCGGAUGAUGGAGACCACCAUGCCUGAGCUCUCCCUCCACACCUCCCACCACCCUGGGGACAUGCCGGAGCAGCACCCGCCCAAAAGCCCAGGAGGGGACACUGCUGUCCCCAAGGAGCCAUCGCAGGAGAACAAAGCAGAGAAAGUUGUGUCCCCUGGGAGGGACCUGCGGGGGACAGCCCCGAGGCUGGCGGCAAGGGAGAAACAGGGCAAGAGACACAGCGAGCUCUGAGAGCCCAGGCAGUGAAUGAUGUGGGACGAUGCCCAGAAAACUUUAUCAUUUCCCCACCCCUCCAUGAGCCUUUGCACCAAGGAGAGGAGCUCUUUCAGCAGUAAAUUAACAGUGAAGGGUCAAACCAGCCCUUAAGUCUCAGUGAGUUCCCUGCCACAGCGUGUCAGUUGUUCUGGGGACAUGGUUUAGUGCUAGAUUUAGAUUAUGGCUAGACUCAAUGAUCUCAAGGGUCUCUUCCAACCAAAAUGAUUCUACGAUUCUGCAAGACCUUAUUGUGGCUUUUCCGUACUUAAAAGGGGCCUGUUGCAAUAGGACAAGGGGUGAUGGUUUUAAACUAAAGGAGGGAGAAUGAGGCUGGACAUGAGGAAGAAAUUGUUGCCCCUGAGGGUGGUGAGAGCCUGGCCCAGGUUGGCCAGAGAGGUGGUGGGUGAACCAUCCCUGGAGACAUCCCAGGCCAGGCUGGACGGGGCUCUGAGCAACCUGAGCUGGUGAAGAAGUCCCUGCUCAUGGCAGGGGUGGCACUGGAUAAGCUUUGAAGGUCCCUUCCAACCCAAACUGUUCUCUGAUUCUGCGAUUCUGCAGUGGCUGUGGUUUCUGAUGCCAGAAAUGUGUCCGUACACCCCACACCUUGGUCCCUCCACUGUUGGGAUUGCAUUUCACACCAAGGGACGGGAGCAGAUCAGGGAGGCUGCAGCAAGGGAGCUCAGCCCGCCCUGUGGCUGGGGGAGCGAUGGGGGCAGCUCACUGCUCACUGGAUGCUCACUGAAUGCUCACUCGCACAACAAACUAUGCUGGAAAUGUCGAAUCAGCACAGCCUUGCUCUAUAUAGUUUCUGUGUCACAUAAACACUUCGGUUGCCCCCGAGCAGGAAGGAGUGAGUGAUUCCAGGAUAUAAAGCACAUUUCUCUCUCUCCCCCACGUGCAGUAGCAGCUCUAGUGAUCUGUGUUGCAAAGCUUUGCUCUCAAAAAGCAUUUACAUCUGCACUGUGAGUGUGUGGAGCUGGGAGGGCAAGUGUGGCACCCGCUCCAGCACUGCUAAAACUGGCACCUGCUUGUGUUUACACCUGUCUUGGCAAGCGAAUUUGUGAGCAUCUUCAUCCUCGGGGGGUAAAAAAGGAGCAUCUGGUUUUAUUACAAAGGCCAGAGCUCAGGUCAUCACAACAGCCAUGAAUAGCCAGGGCAAAAAUCUGCCAGCAAAUCCUGAGGGCAGGCAGGUUGGAAGAUGGCUUUGCUCAGCGCUGGCAUUUUCUUGGGUGCAAGCCCAGGGGGGUUAUUUGCAGCCUCAAUAUUUCUUUGCUCUCGGUGACAGCAGCGAGGUUGGUGCUUUCUGAGCCGGGGAAAAUACAGGGAGUGAGUUCCACAGAAAAAACAGCGCGUUGGAAACCAGGGGAGGGAGAUGAAGGGGAUAAACCUUUCCAAGGUAGGAUGGAGCUGCUUUUCCAGCCUCUGCUCAUCUCCUGGGUCUGUCCUUUGUUAGAGGACCUGAGCCUGCGGACCAGCGUGGGAAGCUUUGUCUAAUGCCAGUCAUACCAUGACCAUCUUCCCACCCCCUUGAAUAAAUAUCUGCUCCUUUCCAUAGCACCAUUGAGAUGUCACGGGAGGGUCAGAUCCUCCUCCUCCUUAUGGCUCUGAAGUUACUGUGGAGGGGAAAAAUUGAUGGUGAGAACCCGCUGAGAGCCUUGUAAAGUCCGUAAUUCUCAUCCACAUGGUUGGGAAUAUUUUGAAAUGCCCAGAAAUAGACAUUAAUCUAGGGCUUUCCUUGAAACCCUUAAUUGAAACAGUCUAUUUUUGGACUUGAUAACAGGCUUGGAGCCAAAAAUGUAUAUACUCAAAGUACUAAAGUGUAGUAUGCGGAUGGGACCCAGCCAUGCAGCCAACUAUUCCCAAGGGAAGGAGCAGGUCUGGGCACAAAUGGAUCUUCUGUGAAUUCCUGUCAUUCCUCUGCUCUAUAAGGUCAUAGACACAUAGAAUCACAGAAUGGUUUGGGUUGAAGGGGCCUUCCAAGCUCAUCCAGUGCCCCCCCUGCCAUGAGCAGGGACAUCUUCACCAGCUCAGGUUGCUCAGAGCCCCGUCCAGCCUGGCCUGGGAUGUCUCCAGGGAUGGUUCAUCCACCACCUCUCUGGGCAACCUGGGCCAGGCUCUCACCACCCUCAGUGUCAAAAAUUUCUUCCACAUGUCCAGCCUGAAUCUCCCUCCUUUAGUUUAAAAGCACCACCCCUUGUCCUAUCGCACCAGGCCAUCCUAGAAAGUCUGUCCCCAUCUUUCUUAUAAUCCCCUUUUAAGUACUUUAAGUGACACUGCUGGGCUCUACAAACUGAGUGUUGGGCCCUUCCCCAUCCUGUCCCCAGUGAUGCUGCUGGUACCACAUUGCUCUCUCACUUGGUGCAGGUGAAGUACGAUAUUUGGCCUUGUGGUUGAUAUCUUAAAUAAGCUCCCACCUUAAGGACAGUCCAUCCGCAUCUGUCCUGGGUACAGCAUGAUGAGUCGAGGGGCUGGUAUCCUGGGCUGGGGGCACCCCUAUGAGAAGGCUCUAUGAGCCCCCUGAGCCCUGAGGGAUCCCCUCCAGCAGGGUUUGUGCAACACCAGGGGUGUUCAUGCAUCCUUCCUCUUCUUGGUCGUGCAUCCUUUUUUAAUCACAUCAUAGAAUCACAGAGUCAUUUGGGUUGGAAAAGACCCUCAAGAUCAUCAGGUCCAACCAUUAACCCACCCCUGGCACUAACCCAUGUCCCUGAGAACCUCAUCUCUGCUCAGCCCCUCCAGGGAUGGUGACUCCAGCACUGCCCUGGGCAACCUGUUCCAAUGCCCGACAGCCCUUUGGGGAAGAAAUUGUUCCCGAGAUCCAACCUCAACCUCCCCUGGCACAACUGGCCAUUUCCUCUCGUCCUGUCACUUGUCACUUGGGAGGAGACCAACACAUCCCUUGGCUGUGCAGCACCAGGACAGGAUCCUGUCACUAGAGGUCAGUGCCACAUCUCAGUUAUAGCUGCAAAAAUUGCUGCCUUUCCAAGUGUUGCUUCAAUUAAUGCUGGAGCAUUUCCACCCAAGUGAUGAGGGGUUAGUGACCACUACCUGGUGGUGUCCUGGUGGGACGCUGGUGGCUGAGGGAUUCUUUGCACCCAGGGGCGGUAGCUGUGACAAGCUGAAGGGCUGGGGCGUCCCCUGCAUCAGCAGUGGGGUCAUUUAGAGGUGCAGGAACCCCAAGCUGAGCCCAGCCAGCGGGUCCCUGCAGCUGCCAGUGCAGGUGCCAGCGGUGACACAGGGAAGGGUUGUGUUUGUUCCUGUCCCACCACUGGCAUCAAACUGGGGCUGCAGCUGCAUUGGCUGGAGCUGCUGACAGUGAACAGGGGAGCAGGUUGGGGUCCUGGACCACAUUGCCUGGCUUUGAUUUUUUUGGUUUGUUUGUUUUUAAAUAUAAAAUGUCUUUUUCCUUGUGCAGCACAAGCAGGUACUUAGGGAAAUACAUAUGUGCCAGGAUAUGUACAUAGAGAAAGUAUUAGGGGUAUUGGGGACAGUUGAUUGUGGUCUGCAACCCACAGCACACUCAUUUGUGUGCUACUUUUUCUUAAGAGCUGUGGCUCUGGGAACAAACUGGUGUGGAACUCAAUAUUCUGCAGUGGGUGUUUACGGCCUUGAGUAAAAAGCAAGUCAGUGGAAGGAGACCUUUUUCAACCAAUUAAUGCCAAAAGACACGUCUGUUUGGCGAAACCACAGAUCUGUUUCCCUAGAUGACAUGCAUGCUGAGCUGGAGAACACAGAGAUUUCCUGACCAAUAUGGCAUUAACUAUUCACAGAAGACCAAAUUCUUCUUUUGAUGGUGACACACAAAAGGUGGACGUUUGCGUGCACUUUGUGUGCUUUGGGAGCUUUUCAGGGGUUGUUUGAAUGUCAGUGGUUGAUCAGAAGAUAAAAUGAUGACACAUGCAAGGGGAAAAAAAAAAAAGAUGAUGUGCUUGUCCUAGAGAGCAAACCAAUUUAAAUUAUUGUCCAAAACAAUGCUAAAUUCUCCAAGUGCUGUGUUCUGACUGGUCUUCCGUGUCCUUGGUGAGCCCUGCAGGGCCAUCACCAUUGGUGAGGAGGGAGGAAGGCUUGCAGCAGCAGUGUGGGGGAACAUGAAGGAUGCUCGUUGUAUUUUCCAUGCUUAAAGAGCUUUUAGAGGAUGGGUUAGGGAAGUCAGUGAACUGAACAGCAUGAAAGCCCCGGGGACCUGACUGUGGGGUAGAUGUUUCUGUGCCAUCUGCUGCCCUCGGAUGCUCGGUGCCAUCUGACUCGGGACCUGCUCACAUGGACAUCUCCGCAGAUGCUCUCCAAGCUGUGGAACAUCAGGAAGCAAUCACAGUGUUUCUCCCAGCUUGAGCAAAACAAGGAUGGCAAAAUAACAAAGUCCUUGUGGUGGAAGGUGAAUUGUCCAAGUUGGCCGUUCUCACCCAUCCUGGACCACUGAUGAUCACAGUCCCAAGCCUGGACCAGUGACAGCCACUGUCCCUUCCAGUAAGCCUCAGUCCGUGGCCAGGCCGUCAUCUAAGCCGAUCUACCUUCACAACUGUGAAUAUAUUUCUUUUUAUAUUUAUCUGUUUGGGAUUCUGCAGCUCCAUUAAUCAUGUUUUAGCACUCAGUGAAGACUUAAAAUCAAUUAGUCCGAAUUGUAACAUACAAAGAAAAAUAAAAACUGAAAAAGAACUGGAAAUUAAACUCAA